AUGUAAGAUAACACACAGGGAUUUCAUAAUUACUAUAGGGUGAAUCCAUCAUCAAUAAUAAAUAUCGAGUACUAAGGAAGCUAGGCUAGGGCAGUUAGGCAAAGCUCAAGGCGGAGAAUGACAUUUACCACUGCACUGGAUGAAGUGUACAGAGAAAUCGAUAUUAUGAAGAAAUUAGAUAAUCCCAACAUGAUCAAGAUCUAUGAAGUCAUCGAUGAUCCAAUCUCAGAGAAACUCUACGUGAUAAUGCCUGUAGCAGAUUAUGGCGAUUGUAUUGAAUGGGAUUCUAAUUCUUGUCAGUUCCACCCAAAUCAUCGAUUAUAAGCAAAAAAUAUCAAUAAAGCACACAAAAUAAACCCUAAAGAUGCCAAAUAUUAUGAUGAAGAAACAAUCAAAAGAAUGUCUAAAGCACUUAUAAAUGCCUUAGAUCACUUGCAUAACGAGCUACAGAUAGUUCAUAGAGAUAUAAAGCCUCAAAAUAUAAUGAUAGAUGAGGCAGGUAGCCCGCUUUUGGUAGAUUUCGGGAAAGCAAAGUAGCUAUAUAAUGAAGAUGAUGAUAUCACAACAAGUAUGGAGGGAACAUACAUGUUCUUGCCACCCGAAAGCUGUUCAUUUGAUUCUAUGUCUUAUUCGAUGAAAAAAGCUGAUAUUUGGUCUCUAGGUUUGACUAUCUAUAUCCUUACUUUCAAUAAGCUCCCUUUUAACAUUGGCCAGACAGAAAUAGAUAUAAUGGACAAUAUCUGCACCUUUGACCUCAAAUUUGAAGAGAGAGAAAUAUCACCUGAAUUGAGAGAAAUGCUAACAAUGUUCCUUAAAAAGGACCCAAUUGAGAGAGCAACUUUAGAGUAACUCAAAAAGUGCAAAUUUGUCAAUAUGCCUCCUAAAGAAAUCUAAAGAGGGGAAAGUUUUAAAGCACAAUUCUCUUAAUCUAUACAAUUUAAGGGCAUCUCUUGCAUUUAGACUUGCGAGUGGGGUGAUUCUCCAAUCAGAUAAUCAGAUAUCCAAUUGUAGAGUUAAAAUUCUGAGUCAUUUUCAGACGAAAAUUAAUAAGAAAACCAUUCUCUCACAAUUAAACCUUCAAUAAAGAAGCACGAAACUUAAAGAAUGGAGAUUGACGAUGAUUUCUUCUUUUCUUGA